GUCAACUGUCAAGCCAAGAGAGGGAAAAUAAAGUUUGUUUAUAAAUUGUUAGUCCGAGACGUAACAUAAGAAUCAUUGAUGACUGGGUUGAGUAUCAGCUGUCAGGAGAGGAAUUAAGUGUGUUUAUAUUUCAUAAGUCGAAGAUGUUACUGAAUUUACGCCAAAAACUGUUGAAUGGGGUGUAAAUAUUGAGAUAUAUCGGCUACACGUGAGACCUAUGCAGACUAAAUACAGUGGACUAUUACGAUGACAACACCAAGUUUAAUACCGCUAGUAGCACUACCAAUACCAGGAGACAUUCUCUCAUAUCUCCAAUCUGCCGGAUACCUUUAUUACGAAGACAUCGAACAAGAAGAGGGCUCUCCAGCUGAUAAUAUAGUUAAAAAAUUUGCAAGUAAUACAAAACUGUUUUGGAAAGCUGUUAUGUCACCACCUGAAGUAAAGACGGCACUUGACAUCUGGCAGGAGGAGAGUCAGCUGUUUGGCAUUGUGACUUUCUGCAAAGCAAUUGAUGACAUGUUAGAUGGAGGUAUUCCACUGCAGAGCAUCACAGAAUUUUGUGGAGCUCCAGGUUCAGGGAAGACACAGCUCUGCUUGCAGCUUUGUGUUGAUGUGCAGAUUCCGAGCAUAUUUGGUGGUCAUGAAGCAGAAGCUGUGUAUAUAGACACAUCAAGCAGUUUCACAUUGAUUAGAUUGUCAGAUAUGGCUGAUGCUUGCAUCAGUCAUUGUUCUUUAAUUGCCAGACAACAAGGUAAACUCCCUGCCUCAACUUUCACAAUGGAAGCAAUAAAAAAUGGCAUAUCUUAUAUAUCAGUAACAAACCACAUACAGCUGUUGGCUGCAGUCUUUCAACUCAGUGACAUUUUAGAAAAAAGAAAUGUGAAAUUGAUUGUCAUUGAUAGUAUUACAUUCCCUCUCCUAUAUGGAGAACUGAGCAGCAUCCAGAGAACAAGACUGUUGCAUCAGAUCCUUGAUGAAUUGCAUCUGUGUGCUAAAAAAUUCAAAGUUGCGGUCGUUGUAACAAAUCAGUUGACUACAAAAGUCUUUGGUGAUGGCACCUCACAAGUUGUUCCAUCACUGGGAGAAAGUUUUAGUCACCGUAUUAAUCAUCGCAUCAUGUUAGGAGCUGAGAGAGGUGGCACUUUUGCAGCAGUGCUCUUGAAAAGUGCUGUGUACCCAUGUGCUUCUGUCGGCUUUCAGAUAUCAAAUAUUGGAGUGAGAGAUAUUGGCAAUGGCUAACACCACAACUAUUGAUUGCCAUGUGAUGUUUAAAACUUCAUGCAUGUUGACACUGAGACCAGGAAGUGGUUCUUGAGCACAGUAUACAUAUGUUUAUAUUCCAGACAAAAAUUGGUUUUUAUCAUGUGUGUCUUAAUGAUUCUUUUAUUUACUUGUGAAAGAAAGCCUUUGUUCGUACUGUGUAAAUUUUUUGACCAGAAUUAUUGUUUGUAAACUGACCAGUAUCUAAAGAAAUCUAUGUACACUCUAUUAUAAAAUUAUUAAUAGUUUUGUAACCUUGGUUACUAUUGUAAUCACAUGAAAUUUAAAUUGUAUUAAAAUAAAAAUAUUAAGAUUCGAAUUCGGUGUCUUGAGCUUCGAGCUCUUCUUCUUCUUUAAAUUCAAAGGCUGUAAGAAAAUUGCCAAGUCACCUGAAAAAGUGUUCUCUCUCUCUCUCUCUCUCUCUCUCUCUCUCUCUGUUGCCUCUUUCGUGUUGUAGUGACACAUCCAUUAAAUUUUUUAUCUUUAUUGGGCAGGCUCUGUCUUCAACUCGUGUAAUAACUAUUAUAAUAUGGACUUACCCUAUAUCCUCUUAAAAUUUUCUUUUUUAAAGGCCUUUUUCUAUAAAGAGGACAAAAUUUUAAUUUUUUCUGACUUUUCAAACCUGUGCUUAAGUCCUUAAUCUAAUGGUGUUUUCACAUUGACUCCAUGAAGUCACCAAAGUAUAGAAAUGUAAGUUCCCCAUCCUGACCCUCAAGGUGCCAUUAUCAUUUAAUUUGCUUUGGUUUGAGAUUCAGGUCUUUGAAUUCAUGUUGAAAAUGACAUUGUUAGUGCAGCAGCCUGUGAAUAAGUAAUAUGUUGAAUUUCUUUUUGUAUAUAACUGUUUGUGAUAAAAGAAACUAUGACAGCUAUGCUAUGUCAACAAUAUCUGCGUUGCAGUUAAAUAUUUUUCCAAUAUGUGUUAAUUAGUAACUUUAUACACAGAUCAGAUUCACAAUGGGGAACACAUCAACAGAUCAAACACAGAAAACAUAUACAACUGAAAGAAUGAAAAUAAGUUAUUUUUAUAUGGUUACAUGCUGGCCAUUUACAGGAUAUUAUUCUUAAAAAAAAAAAAUAAUUAACUGUGCUCAAGAUUUUUUCUGUUGUAUAGAAGUACUUGUUAAACUUGUUUACUAAACAUCCGAAAAAGUUUUUGCUAUCUGUCUGACAUUUUAAUUCUGUGGGUAGAUUGUCAAAGAGUUUCAUAGCUGCAUAUUUCACAUCUUACAUUUAUUAAUGGAUGGUGAGAUCAUUUUUCCUUCAAGUGAAUGAGUGGAUUGUGAGGCCAUUGCUAAUAUUCCUAGCUACUGAAAGAGAUAGCUGGAAGAUGUACAGGUGUGAACUCUACAAAUAAUUCUAUUCACUUUCUUUUAUGCGAUAAACAUCUUUUGUCUAAGCGAUGAGUUAGCCCGAGAUAUCAGUGAAUGAAAAUAUGUGAAAUCUGUUUACUAAUUACUUCUAUAUACCAUUGUUGGCAAUUAUUUUUAUGGCAAAAGUUGCUGAACCUAAAAGUUUUAGUAGGUGAAAUGUUUCCAGGUAGAUGAGAACAGACUUAAGUUUGUUUCUGUUGUCUGUCCGCAAAACAAAUGGUGGUGUAACUUCUAAUUUUUAUAGCUCCUCAGUUAAACACUUGCUUCAUGUUCACUUCCUUGCAAUGUCAGGCAAUUUAUGACAUGCUAACUAAGAAAUUCUUACUUGCAACAAAGAAUUUAACUUCGAGACAUUUAAUACAAAAUGAUAGCUACCAUUAUGAGUCUUUUUUAAUUUUGCAAUAAU